AUGGCACCGUCGUCGCAGCAAAACCAAACUGUCUAUGUGGGUGUUGCGCUGGCAGCAACAGCAGUAAUAAUUGGAUACUUGGUGACCCGAAAUCGAACCGUGGAGACUCCCAAGCCACCUCCGAAAGGCCGAGCCGGAUCUCCUGAGCGAACCAAGAAAGAUAUUUUAGAGACUGCUACACCAGUUGUGUCCAAUACCUCCAGCACCAAGAAGAGUCCACAAAAUGACAAGGAAAUACAGGCACAAAUUGAAGAGUUAGAUAAACAAGGCAAGAAACUAUUCAAGGAGAAGAAGUUUUUUGAUGCAGCACAAAAAUUUACAGAGGCAUUGGAUAUUAUUGAUUCACGAGGCAGUGGCGUCAAAGAUGCAUCGUCUCCACUUUUCCGACAAAUGCAGACACUCAUGAAUAACCGCUCAGCCAUGUACGAAAAGGGAGGUUUCAAAGAGUUAGCCUUGGAUGACUGUGACAAUAUUCUGGCUCUGGAAAAACAACACACAAAGGCAAGGACUCGGAAGCUCCGAAUUCUCGAAAGCCAAGAAAACAUUGCGUCCGCUUUAGUGGAGGCUUGUGCAAUCCAAUUGCUAUUCAUGCAAGAGCACAGGGAUAAACUCCGUUUUGGGAUACCAACACCUCCACCACCAUUGAGUCAAUCGAAGCUAGAGGAAUUGCUCAUGAAAUUGGUUCCCGACGAAGUUGAAAACAAGUUGAAAGAAAUCAAAACCGCGCCUAUUUCCAGUCGACAGCUCCCUUCGAACUACACCAUCCUCCAGUUGCUCAAGAGCUACUCGGGCUAUAAUUCAUGGAUGGCAAAAGUAGCCAGUAGGGGAGGACUCUCACAGUUGCGGGCAGAACUCCCAGAAGUUGACGACUCUGCUACGGAUGAAACCAAAGCCAAGCGUGCGAGCCUGCUACUGAAAAUUGGUCAACGACAGGUCUACGAAGGAAACUACAAGGAAUCCAUGUCGUCAUUUGAAGAAGCCUUCAGACUUGCAGAAACCAACCCCGAAGUACAGAAAGUCCUUCCAGACGACGACUAUUCGCGAAUUCUGGAGUGGACGGGGAUGGUCCGUCACUGGAUCUACGAUCUAGAUGGUGCAAAGAAGUGCUUCUCCAUGUGUGCCGACUUGGAACCACUCAACGCUCAAAUCCUGGUGAAGCAAGCCUGUGUGGAAAUGGACGGGGCCAACUUUGACAAAGCGCUUGUCCUAUUCGAAUCAGCACUGAAGAUCGACCCAGGUGCAGCAGACGCCCUUCUUCACAGAGCCAACUUGAGAAUGCUCAAACAAGAGCCAGAAGAAGCAAAGGCAGACCUCAACAAAUGCAUUGAGUUGCGUCCCGACCACGUUUUGGCGAGACUGCGUCUGGCAUCAAUCCUUACCGCCAUGAACGACGUCUCGGGGGCCAAGCAACAUCUAGAAUCUGCCAAAAAACUGGAUCCGAAGUCGUCAGAAGUCCAGUCUUACAUUGGGGAAAUUGCCUUCACGAAAGGAGAGCUCGAGGAUGCUCAAGCGUCGUUCAAGCUUGCCAUGGAACUAGCCCCCAACAACCCAACACCUUAUGUAAAUGCAGCCCUGACAAUUUUGAAUAUCCCACCUCCUCCGGGCGAACGACCAGAUACAGAUGAAGUUAUUCGUCUUUUGGAGAAAGCGAUCGAGCAAGACCCUAUGUUUCAUGCUGCAUACGUGCAGCUAGGUCAACUGAAGCUGGGAACUGCCGUGACUCUGGAUUCAGCUCGAGAGGUUGUUGAGUUAUACGACCGCGGGCUUACUUAUUGUAGGACAGCAGAAGAGCUCAAGGAUCUGUGCAGCAUGAGAAUUUUGACGGUUUCACAAGUUGAAGCUGCUUCGCAACUGAAUAUGGAUACCUUUAAUGUCCAGUAG